AUGUUUAUUGGUUUUUUCGAAUUUGAUAUUGUGAUAUAUAGAGCCAAACAAGUCCGGGUCCAAGAUCUUAUCGAUGCCCUGACCAAACUGCAAGCAUCACCAGCUGCAAGUGGAGAGUCUGACACGGAGGCGGAGGCCAGACGUGCACGAAUCGAACAGCUUCUCAAAAGUAUCGACAGCGAUGCUGAUGGUAUUGUGAAUGCUGAUACCAUAUUGGAGGUGAUUGCCCUUGUUGAAAAGCAUGGAGAUGUCAAGAUCUCCGCUUCACAAGUAGCUUCCAUAGUCAGCAUGUUGGAGAAGGAGGGUGAAGCCGAGGAAUUGGUCAAACGAAUUGAGGCCCUUGAUGCCCCCAUGAUGCCCCAGGGCCCCACAAUCGAUGACGAUGAAUCAUCCGAAGAAGCGAAGAAAAACAAAAACGGGGUGCUUGACAUUCCUAACGUCGACCCGAAAGUCACACUUCCCUUGAGCAAUAAGAAUGGCAAUAAUGGCGCACCUCGACCUAAUUCCGAUAAACCUCCUGCUUAG